CAGGAAGUAAGGGAGCUAGAAUAAAAAGAGUGUUUCACUUUUGAUUAAAAACGCCAUGGAAGCAGCACAUUCAGAUCAUCAAGCCCCGUUGUUGGCCAAUACGAAUCAGCCACGACCUCGUAAGCCUCCACGUAGAACGGGGAACGUAUGGACGGCGGUGUCGCAUAUAAUAACUGGCGUCAUAGGCGCCGGUGUGCUAUCGCUGGCGUGGAGCAUGGCUCAACUGGGAUGGAUCGCCGGACCUUUGGCUAUGCUGCUCUUCGCAUCGGUCACUUUGAUUUCUACUUACCUUCUCUGCAACUGUUAUAAAACUCCCGAUCCUGAAGUUGGACCCGUCAGAAAUCAGUCAUAUAUAGACGCCGUUAAUAUCAAUUUAGGGCAAACGAAUGCAAGGAUUUGCGGCCUUUUUGUUCAAAUUGGCUUGUAUGGUAUGGGAAUAGCAUAUACGAUUACAUCUGCUAUUAGCCUGAGAGCAAUUCAAAAAUCGAACUGUUACCACAAAGAAGGGCAUGAUGCUGAUUGCUAUUUCGGAGAUACUCAAUACAUGCUAGCUUUCGGGGCUAUUCAGUUGAUACUGUCUCAGAUAAAUAAUUUCCACAACAUACAAUGGCUAUCAGUGGUUGCUGCAAUCAUGUCCUUUGCUUAUUCUGUCAUUGGUCUUGCACUUGGCAUCGCCAAAGUCAUAGCAAAUGGUUUUCCUAUGGGUUCCAUCCGAGGAAUCUCAACAUCUACUACUGGUGAAAAAGUCUGGCUGGUUUCUCAAGCACUUGGAGAUAUAGCAUUCGCCUAUCCAUACUCCCUAAUUCUUAUUGAGAUACAGGAUACUUUGUCGCCUCCCUCGGAGAUGGACACCAUGAAGGCAGCCUCAAUCAUAUCAAUUUCAGCAACAACCUUCUUCUAUAUCUGUUGUGGAGCGUUUGGAUAUGCAGCCUUCGGCGAUAAUACACCAGGGAACCUCUUGACUGGUUUCGGAUUUUAUGAACCGUACUGGCUCAUCGACUUUGCCAAUGCUUGCAUUGUUAUCCACCUAGUUGGAGGAUAUCAGGUUUACAGUCAACCACUAUUUGCAAACGUUGAAAAAUGGGUGUCUCAGAAAUUCCCCGACAAUGGAUACAUACACAAGGAUUUCAAAAUUAAACUCCCACUUGUGAAAGCUUUUCGAUUAAGCAUUCUCCGGGAUGUGUUUCCGCACCAUGUUCGUAGCUUCGACAACGAUAAUCGCCAUGUUGUUCCCGUAUUUCAACCAAGUUUUGGGAGUGCUGGGAGGCAUUUACUUUUGGCCUCUGUCAAUAUACUUUCCAGUGCAGAUGUACUUCAAGCAGAGGAACGUGGAAGCCUGGUCGACUAAGUGGGUGAUGCUUCAGACUUUCAGCAUCGUGUGCCUUCCCGUAACGUUGUUUGCACUGGUGGGAUCCAUUGAAGGGAUCAUAACUGCA